CGACGAGUCCGCUUCCCGACGGACGACAGACGCAGUGUGGGCCCCGCCUUGGUACCAGUAGCCAUGCCCAGCCAGGUGUACCACAACAGCACCCAUCCUUGCAGGUGCAUCGUGUCUAACGCAGCCGGCGUCGGACCUCGCCCGUCUGCCCGCACUUGCCUCACCUUGAGGAUGAUGAUGCGGACAAAAAAUGAUCUUCCGGAUACUACUGGCGUCUUCGUAUCCGGUGCCCUAUUUACAAUGGACGAGAGCGAGAUCGAGACGCUCGAGGCCAUGGGCGCGUUCCUCGCCUCGCUCCACGAGACGAACGGGUUCCUCGUGACGCUCAACACGCAGGUCGUCGCGCUCUCCCACGAGCUCGCCAAGGCCGAGCGCAACCUCAGCGCGCUCUCGAUUCCGUUCCGCUCCACCAUGUACGAGGUCGCCAUGCGAGAGGAGCAGCUAGCAGCAGCGUACUCGACCAACUCGCCCAAGCUUUGAAUCAGGCGUGCAUUUCCACGAUCGUUGUUCUUUGCUUGGCCAUGUUCACGCAGCGCAUGAGGAUGCUACUUGAGAUCUCGAGGUCUGUAAACAAGGCUUGGUUCGAUUGAUUCGGUGCAGUAGCCGUGCACUGAGACUGG